AUGGCCCUACUUCUAUAUCUACAACUAUUUCUUAAUGUGCCAAAACUGAGUCUUAAAGACUCAAUAACAAAGGGAGAUUUUGUGAUGUCAUCAGUCUCAUCAUCACUGGAAUUUUGAGGCAAGUUCUUAAGGUCAUGUAAUGCCAACAAUUGCCUAUAGUCCUUUCUUUUUCAUUUAUAUGCUAUGUUUAAUGCUAUGAAUAGUAGUUUUUACUGAUUUUUCACCUGCACAAAAAUGCUUACAAUCAAAAAGAAGAAGUUGUUUACAUCAUUAGAUGGAAAACUGCAGCUUGCUCACUUUCUGGAAUAUCCCAUCAGCAUCAUGCUUCUCUUCUUGAAAAAUCACGACACUGAUUUCUGACUUCAUUGUAACUCAGGAACUGGUAUGUUUUAUACAAUGAUACAUGAAUGUACUGUGUACAGUGGUACCUCGGGUUACAUACGCUUCAGGUUACACACUCCGCUAACCCAGAAAUAGUGCUUCAGGUUAAGAACUUUGCUUCAGGAUAAGAACAGAAAUCGGGCUCUGGCGGCAGCAGGAGGCCCCAUUAGCCUCCUAAUGGGGGUGGUGCUUCAGGUUAAGAACAGUUUCAGGUUAAGAACAGACUUCCGGAACGAAUUAAGUACUUAACCCGAGGUACCACUGUACAGGGUUAUCUACCUGACAUUAGGUGAGCAUUGUUAGAUUGUUUGUUAAAGCAUUGCUUUAAAUUGUUUUUAAUACUGUUUUUUAAUUCUGUAACCCAUCCUGUGACCUUAGGAUGAAGAUUGGCUAAUAAAUAAAUAAAUAAUCAAUGAACCAAGGAAUUGAAUGCCAGAUUGGAAAACAAUAAGACUCUUGCCAGAGUAGUACAUGCUCUGGUUAUCUCCCGCUUGGAAUACUGCAAUGCGCUCCACGUGGGGCUACCACUAAUCCAGAAUGCGGCAGCUAGACUGGUGAUUGGGAGCCGGCCACCAGCACCAUAUAACACCAUUCCUAAAGGAUCUGCAUUGGCUCCCAGUAAGUUUCCAAGCACAAUUCAGAGUGUUGGUGCUGAGCUUUAAAGCCCUAAACAGCCUUGCUCCACCUCCAUUGUUCAACUCCAAUGGCCUCCUAGCAGUGCCCUCACUGAGAGAAGUGACGUUACAGGGAACCAGACAGAGGGCCUUCUCGAUAGUGGUGCCCUCCCAUCAAAUGUCAAGGAAAUAAACAACUAUUGAACUUUUAGAAGUCAUUUGAAGGCAACCCUAGAUUUAAUGUUUGAUAUUUAUUGUAUUUUUAAUAUUUUGUUGGAAGCUACCCAGAGUAGCUGGGGCAACCCAGUCAGAUGGGUGGCUGCUGCUGCUGCUGCUAAUAAUAAUAAUAAUAAUUAAUUUGCAAUGCUGGACAUUGUCCUAAAACAAUUUGGAGCAAUUACGUCUGUUUUAAAAGACUUUUAAAAAAAUGAUUUGGUCUUUGAGGGCAUAUUUAGGCCUACAGGUCUUUAUUGUUUGAAGCAAAUUUUUAGAUGCAUGGAGAUGCGAGGACUGUUAAAUGAAGAUAAUAUAUCAAAAAUACCCUAAUAUUUGACUUGCAUAUAAUUUCUGUUAUUUUGGGCUGCAACAGUCCACCAGGAAGAAGUCUGACAUGGGAAACCUGAAUCUGGGUGGCCUGAUUCAGACGGGGGCUCACAAAACUGAACAUCUUGAGAAUUAUGGUUAGGUCUAAAAUUUUCAGAGAUCCAAGUACAACUAUCAAUUUGAUCAAAGUGACUCUUGAAUAAACUGAUAUACCAUAUUUUUCGCUCUAUAGGAUGCACUUUUCCCCCUCCAAAAAUGAAGGGGAAAUGUGUGUGCGUCCUAUGGAGCGAAUGCAGGCUUUUGCUGAAGCCUGGAGAGCGAGAGGGGUCGGUGCGCACAGACCCCUCUCGCUCUUCAGGCUUCAGGAAGCUAUCCGCAAGCCUGCGGAGCCCAGCAGGAGUUCCCGCCGGGCUCUACAGGCUUGCGGACAGCUGCCUGCAGCCCGAAGCCAGGGAGCGAGCGCUGCGCACCCAGGGCUUAGGGCAGCUAUCCGCAGGCUUGCGGAGCCCGGUGGGAACUCCCGCUGGGCUUCGAAGGCUUGCGGAUAGCAGCCUGCAGCCCGAAGCUAUUCUAGCUUUGGGAUGGCUGCGGAAAGCCUCCACAGGGCGGCGGGGUGCCUCCACCCCGCCGCCCUGCAGAAGCUACAAAGGAUGUCCCCGAAGCCUCAAGCCUUUGGAGUGCAGCUGCGCUCCAAAGGCUUCAGGGAUCUUUGAGGUUGGCGGUGGGGGAAAGCAGCGCUUCCCCCCACCGCCAUGCCCCACAAGCUCGGGGGGCAGUGGCAAGGCUACGUGCAGCCUUUGCGCUGUUCCCCGACCUGCUCUUGAACACACCUUGAACACACCUUGUUUUUGAGGGCAAGAACAAAAAAAAUCCCCCCCGUUCUCCCCCUCCUAUGGGUCCUAUGGAGCGAAAAAUACGGUAACUAAGCUUGUGAAUAAUUCCUCAGGAAGGGGGAAUGUCUAAGGAUAUUGAAACAUAGUGGGUGUCAGGCUUCAGAGGAUCCAACCCCCAUGGUAGGUUGCCAGGAAUGGAUAAGACAAGGAAAGUUUUAAACAAUGUUGUUUAUUCAAUAUUCACAGAGAGAGACUUAGAAAUGCAGCCUCUUGGUGCUGCUCCGAAUAAAUCUCCACCCACCUUCUCUCCUUUCUCCACAGCACCACCCACCUUACGGUUGUUGCUUAGGGCCAUCUGUCUCCGAGCCCUUUGCUCUCCUACUUUUAAGGCUCGCCAGGUUCUGGGAGAAGGGGGGGAGUCUGGAAUGCUUUCUAGUGAUAAAGUGAGUCAGGUAGGUAGCCGUGUUGGUCUGACGCAGUUGAAAUAAAUAAAAAUCACCCAUCUCCUACUACCCUUCUGAGAAAAACCCCACCCCACCCUCCCACUGGUUACUUCUGUUUCAGUGUAUCUGAAGAAGUGUGCAUGCACACGAAAGCUUAUACCCAGAACAAACUUAGUUGGUCUCCAAGGUGCUAUGGACACGUUUAGGGCACUGUGGUCUAAACCACAGAGCCCAGGGCUUGCCGAUUGGAAGGUCAGUGGUUCGAAUCCCCGUGAUGGGGUGAGCUCCUGUUGCUCGGUCCCAGCUCCUGCCAACCUAGCAGUUCAUUAUUUUUUUUUAAAUGAUAUUUAUUGAAAAUUUUUAAAAUUACAAAAAAGACAAAGCAGAGAAAGAAAAAAGAAAAAAACAAAAAAGAGAAAAAACAAACAAACCACAUCCAACAAUACAAAUUCAAAAAACAAAAAUACACCACAAACAGAUAAAAAUAAAACCAACAUUCUCAAAUCUUCAACUUUCAUUACCUUCUUUCUUUGACCUCCUCCUCCUCCCUUUUUUUGUAUCCCAGUUAAUAAUUAUCGCAGCAAAUCCUUUCCAUAUUUCAUAAUAUUCUGUCAUUACAUUACCUUAAUCUAUUUUCAUCUUAUCUUAUAAAAAACCUUAAAACUUAAAUCUUAUUUUUACCCACUUCUCAUAACCAUAAUAUUCUUGCCUAAUUCUUUAAACAUUUUUGCUAGAGCCAAGUAAUUUCGUUCCAACAUUUUUCUAACAGUCAUCAAUUUUAUAAAACAAUCCUAGUAAUAAUAAAAAAAAAAUAGAAACAAUCCAAUCUUCAUCCAGCGUCCCUUCCUCCUGGUCCCGGGUUUUGUCAGUCCUUUUUAUCCCAUCGAUCUAGCGCAUUAACCUGGUAACCUUAUAUCCGAGGCCCUUAAGUCCCUUCCAUGUCCCUUCCGCAGCUCUUCUUCAUAUUCACCUUUCACUCGUGGGAACUCCAGCUUGGUAAUGUUUUUGACCCUUUUCAACAAAUCAGCCCCUUUUCCAUAGUCCAGACUAAACUCCAUGUAGUAUUUAAAAACAUGUUUCAGAAUCCCUCCAAAAUUGAGAGCCCCACAGCUCCAAACAUCUCACGGCCCAUUGCCAGACUCGGAAAGUCCAAACAUCCCUGCAUAGGGGUCUAUCCAACCCCCCAUUUCCAAAUCAGUCCAAACUUUAUCUUUCCUAAUCUGGCUUUUUCCAAGUUCAUUUGUCAAAUCCAAAAGCUCAUGUUCCUGCUGGGCCGCAGCUCCCUCCAUCUCUGGCGCCCAAGAUUCCGCAACAUCCUCUUCUCUCAUCUGUUCUGUCAGGGCACACUCCUGAUUUAAUUCCUGGGUGGGCUCCAUAUAGUUUCCCACUGCCUGUUCAAAAAUUCUGACCGCAUUAGUCAUCAAAUCCGUCUUCUCAGUUAACUGUUCCAGUAGAGCAUUUAUUUUACAGAGAGCACACAACAGAGCUUCUGAAUACAUUGUCCUACAAGGUCACAAGCCUUUUCCCACGAUUAUAAUCUGUGACAGCUGCAAGCUCCCUGGAAUUAGUUACAGUUUCCCAGUCUCCCUCUAGGGGGAAAACUUCUAAUUGUUCUUGCAACAAAGUUUCUUCUUUGAGAUAUUUUGUCAAUAUUUGUUCCUUUAAAAUGCGAAAGGAAACAGUGGAAUCACUAUGUUUCUCUUCUUUCAGCUAUCUGUCAAAAGCGUUUGUCUCUGGUCAAUGAGCUUCAAACGUCAGUCCUGACACCCCGCUCCAGGAUCAGGACGGUGGAAAGUUACUUUACUUUAAACUCACUUCUGCAGGUUUAAACAGUCCGAAAAAGAUCCCCCUUCUUCUCCUGCUGCCGAAGGGGGGUUCGAGGAUUUUAAAUGAUGAAAGCCGAUCCUUUAGAAGCAAUUUUCUGAGCUCUAGUUUACGUUGUCUUUGCUUUAUUCUGUCUACAAAGAAACGGAAGGCUGACUUCCUGUUUAGACCUUCCCGUUUCAGUACCAAAUUGAAGUAAAUUUUUAAAUCCAAUUCCUUUCUGCUCGCAAAUCCUUAUUUAAAGUCCAAUUUGUUCAAAGUUUAAGUACUCACGGGUGCUUAUUUUAGAAGCCAAAUUGUCCCAGAAAAAAGGCAGCGCUAUGUGGCUUCGCUCCACGGAAAUAGCAGUUGACUCACAGCACCGCGCCGCUUCCCCCUCUUCGCUUCGGAGCCCGUUAGUGGGUUCCUUUGCGGGUUCUGCCAACCUAGCAGUUCAAAAGGUAAACAGUGUUUUUGUGUGCUGCUCUGGUUUUGCCAGAAGCAGUUUAGUCAUGCUGGCCACAUGACCAGGAAAAACUGUCUGCAGACAAACACCGGCUCCCUCGGCCAGUAAAGCGAGAUGAGCGCCACAACCCCCGAGUCGUUCGUGACUGGACCUAACAGUCAGGGGUCUGUUUACCUUUUAAGGUGCUACUAGACAAUUUUUAAAUUUUUGUAGUGAUAACGUGUCAGCCAGCUGCCCUGGCUAUGCCUCCUCCUUUCCCAUUAUUUCCCAACUUUUACCCUCAUCUGCCUCUGAAUUGUGACCUCUGCAAACCACUGUUGUAAACCUAUACUGUCUUCUUCUGUGGAAGGUUCAGGCUGGGAAGGUGGUCUCCACCAUUCCUCCUCUGCCCAGUCCCUGACAGUGGGUCAUAAUUCACAAGAAGUAUAAAGUAGAGUGAUGGUGCCUCUGAAAGGGGACAUUGGAUUGUUUUAACAAACCCAAGCUUGAGUCUGGAUUUCUGCUCAUACAUAUCCUACUCAAACAAAAAUAAUUUGUAUGUUUAAUUAACUUGUCUCAUGUGGUUUGAUAUGCUAAUGAUGAGCUACCAUUAGAUUAGACUAUAUUUGUUUUAUUUUUAAUCUGUAUUGCAAAACGGAUAAAAUGGGGCACUCAUCCUGAUUUGUUUGCAGAGAGAUUACACAAUGUUACAUCAAGCAAAUGUCAUCUGACAGUUUCCAGCAUAUUUCCCUGUCUCUUUGCUACCACAAAAAGUCUGAAUUGUGCAUGUAUAUUUUUUUUUUGGGGGGGGGGUUGUUGCACGACCUCCAAAUCAACUUUAACUGAGCAACCUGAAUUUGUGACUGAACCUCACCGGAAAAUAGCAACAAAUCGGCAAGUGCCUUAAGUCUAAUUCUUAAGAGCUGCGCUGGGACCUUCUCUGCUUUUCAAACAGCUACAUAUAACUAGUAGGAAUCCACACAUGCACAUAAAGUUUUAAUUCUAUUAAUGUUUAUUUUUGUUUAAAAAAAAUGAUUGUUCCCCAUUAUGUUUUUAACUGUUCUAAUUUCCCUGUCAGGGAAAAGCUGUGUGGGUGAAUAAACAUUUAAAAUAAACAUAUUGUACUACUACUACUACUACUACUACUAAUAAUACGGCAUAUCCCUUCUUCACUGGACACGGUAAUUCCCUGUGCCAAAUUUCUUUAGAUUUCGGCAAACGUGUAAUCAACCUGCUAGGCCAAAGCAGGCGUCCUUGCCUGCUUUCGAAACAAAACCCAAAACAAAACCCACUUUUGCAGGGCGCCAUGAUUCUGCCACAGAACUCGGCGACGACAACAAGCUGCGCCGCUUGGGAGCCGGAAGUCUCCCUGGAAAGCGAUCGCGGCCGCCUCCCCUUCGAGCGGAAGCCGCUCCGUGACGCCAUUUCCCCCUCGCCGGCGCCAGUUUUUUCUCUCGUUUCCGCUUCCGCCUUCCUUCCCAGUUGCUGGUAUUGCUACGUGUCCCGCAAGUCGGUGAGUGAGUCUGGAGCGGAGUCGCGUCUCGGGGGCGGGGGGGCGGGGGGGGGCAAGCAGUGCGGGAACGGGAGCCCGGGAGCGAGUUGCGAAGCCGCCCGGCCGAGGCGGAGGCGCGGAGGGAGCAGCCCUGACUCACAGCUCGGUCGCCUUUCCUGGUCUCCGCGGCUGAGGGGGCCGAGGGAGGGGGGGGGCUGCCCCAUUUCUAGGUCUGGAAAUGCUGUGCGUCUCCCAGGCACAGACCACGCGACGUUUCAUGUAUCGCUGUCUUCGCCCCCCAAAAAACAAAGAGGGGGUAAGAAAAGUGGGGGCACACCUGAUCACGUUACACACAUACUGGAAACUUGUGCUCACUGUGUUCCUAAUUAAACAUUGGCCAAAUAUGAGGUUUGAUACUAAGCACUUCUGAAGGUUUGUAAACUUUGUAAUUGGCUUCAGGACACAGCCGUGUGUAAUAAGGGGGUGGGGAGAGGGGCGGAAACUUAAUUAACUUACCUUUAGGGUAUUAUAUUACCACCAGGUUUUUUCCAAUGUCACUGCUCCCCCACCCUCCACUCUCUUCAACUGUGCUUCCAUGUUCUCCCAAAUGUUAAAAUGUAUUACAGAUUUGCUGCCUUUUGAGCAACUGAAUAUAUUCUACACUGAAUGGGGGGAAAGCUAUGAAGCUUGGGAGCCUCAGUGUCGGCUAACCAUAAUUGGUGAUGGUGUAAAAUGGGUGCAUUACUGUUGCGCUAUAGCUUCAUACAAAUGACCAAAUUCCCUGAGCUCAUUAUCAUUGUGCACUAGUGCAACAAAAAAUAUUAAAGGAACAUGUUGGAGAUCUCUAAAAUGACAUUGUAGAUGCUGGGGUUUAUUAGCAUUGUUUUAAGUCAACAUCAAUAUUAUGCCUGGUUUUUUUACCAGUUAAAUAAAAAAUGCUAACAAAAAUUGGGAACAACUUUAUUUGCUGUAUAGGAGCUUUGUGGUUUGAAUCGAAGGCAAUUUCUAAGCCUGAUUUGGAAUGAUUGCAUAUGAAAAAAAUCCUAACAAGUUGGUAUGUUGGUUCUUUUUCUUGCAGAAUAUCAUGGAUCAAGUAAUGCAGUUUGUGGAACCUAGUCGUCAGUUUGUGAAAGAUUCCAUCAGGCUUGUUAAACGAUGCACAAAGCCAGAUAGGAAAGGUAAAGCCACCAAGAAGAAAAACACUGAAUGUGUUUGUGACAUUGCAGAGUAGAAUAAAAUGUAAUAAACAAGUUAUUCUUGUAGAUGACAAUAAACACAAGUUCCUGUGUUUAAUAUCAUAUUUUCAUUUUGUUGGUAAAAUAUUUAGUAGGUUUUUUAAAGAGGAGAUCAAUGCUGCAUAAAUUGCAAUUUUAACAGACAAAAAAACCCAACAAUCUAAAAUAUAUAGCUGAGCUCAUAUGCCUAAGAGCUAUGCAACAGUGUGGUUUCUGAUAGAUGGCUAGAGGCUUUGCUUUUGAAUGGGGUGAGGAUAGUGAUUCUGAGCAAGAGUCUAGAAGUGUGCUUGUCAUCUUGUCACUGAUGAGCAUAUAUUAUGUUGUGGGAACGCAGCAUCAGCAAGAGCGCCCAUCCUCCUGAGCCUAGAGAAGGUCAGUUGCUCUCCGUCAUACAACUCUGAGCCGUGGAAUUCCUUGGAAAGGAACAAGGCUUUCUUAGUCCUGGUGUGACAGGGUAGAGUUCCACUCUGCCUCCCCAAUUCAGCUCACUCCAUGCAGCUGUGUUGGGCCUCAAGCUCAACAUCAAGCUGAUGUUGGACAACACCCUGCUCCUUCCCAGGUUUGGUGAGGGAAGGUUGUAGUGAGCACAAAUUGACAAAAUUGUAGACCCUGCAAAAAAUUCUUCAGAUUGAGUGUAUAGUUACAAUAUGGAAUCUGGUUAGAGAUCUUAAGCCCAUGAUGGGGUGAUUAUGAUGUCUUGCAGACUUCUUCCCUUGACUUUCCCUUCUUCAUCUAUUUCCUGUGGACCACUCUUCUUUUUUAGGGUCUUUUCCUCCCUUCCUUCCUUGCCUAGCUACUCUGUAACAUCAGAUCAUUGAAUAUGUUACAAGAUGGAAAAUAGUGGCAGCAUAGGCAUAAAUUCUUGAAGAUUUAAUGAUUACUUAAGGUGCCGUCACAUGUGGCAGACUUAGCCUGUAGAGAAGAAGAGCUUUCCAAACUGUUGUGACAUGUUAGUGUGUUGGCUGCAGUGCUCCUCUAGGGGCUGGUAAGGGGUUAGUUUAAUCUCUGGUUUGCUAGUCACAAAAUAAUGCAUGUAUAAAAAGUGUGUCACCAACAUGAAAAGUUUGGAAAGCUCUGCUCAAGAGGGAGAUCCCUCCCCCCAAAAGUUCUGGGCAUUCAGUAUCACUGUCAAUGGUGUGCAUAGAAUCAUGAAUCAUAGAAUUGGAAGGGACCACAAGGGUCAUCUAGGCCAACCCCCUGCAAUGCACAAAUCUUUUGGCCAACAUGGGGCUCAAACCUCUAACCCUGAGAGGAAUUCUGAUAAUCCCUGGAUCCCCAAUACAUUCAGGAACCAAUGUGAAUCAAUAUAUAAGCUUUAUUAUUGAAGCCAUAGGUCACCACAGUAUAAAUACAGCAAGCUGUCAUUUUGAUGUAUUUAGCAAACAUAAACAGAAAAAUGAAAAAACAACAACUCCCUAGUUUAAUCAAUGCAUUUUCCCUCUUCAAUAAGAUAUACAGGUGUUAAAAAUGCAAUAAAACAAAAACACAUCCCACUCACCCCUAUGUUUUUUUGAACCUGGCUUGUAUUUUCUUAGCUGCCACAUCAGUUUUGCUAUGUGGGUGAAAAUGUCUUUGCCUGGAGUAAUAUACAUAUUUGGUCCAGGAGUCGUUUGACAGACUAAAGGAUACAAGGUGGCAAUUGUGCUCAGGGUUCUCAUAUAAGGAGCAGCUUAUAUGAUUGCCAUCUUCAAAUAUCUGAAAGGGUAUCACACGGAAGAGGGAGCAAGCUUGCUUUCUCCUGCAUGGGAGGGUAAGACUUGAACCAAUAGAUUCAAGUUACAAGAAAGGAGAUUCCGACUAAACAUCAGGAAGAACUUUCUGACAGUGUGAACUGUUCAACAGUUGAGCAGACUCCCUCAGGAGGUUGUGGACUCUCUUUGCUUAGAGGUUUUUAACAGGUUGGAUGGCCAUCUGCCAUGAAUGCUUUUAGCUGAGAUUCCUGCAUUGCAGGGGGUUGGAUUAGAUGACCCUUGGUGUCCCUUCCAACUCUACAAUUCUAUGAUUCUAACUUAGCACGUUAUGGGAGACAUGGGGCCUUUAACUCAGAAAGUGUAGGCAUUUUGUAAGUGGGGGAGGGGAGGGGGAGGCCAGCAUGUGCUCAGUGAAUAGGCAGGGUGGUGAUGGUCACACACUUAUUUUCAAAUAAUAACCAGAUUUAAAUCAGAAAAACUUCAUAGUCUCCUCCAAUUGUUCAAGUAUUCCUGGCUAAAUAUAAAAACACAUUUGGUUGUAAUUAUUCAAAAUUCAUUUAAGAGUACAUUUUUUAAAUACAUUUUUUUUAAAUUCCAGAAUUCCAGAAGAUUGCUAUGGCAACAGCAAUAGGAUUUGCAAUAAUGGGAUUUAUUGGUUUCUUUGUAAAACUGAUCCAUAUUCCAAUCAACAACAUCAUUGUGUAAGUACAUGCAUCAUAAUUGAUAUUGCUGGUAUAAAACAACAACAACUUGUGAGCAAUGUACUAAAAUGGGAUUUUUGUGCACUCUGCUGUGAUCUCUGGAUCUCAUGAUGUCGUCUUUAGAACCCUGUAUGCACUGGCAUACUUAAAUAACAUAGAUAUCUACUUUGAAUCUGCACUAUGUAUUCCCUUGGCCUGAAAGUGGAGAUGAGCGCCACACUCCAACUGGACUUAACCAUCCACGGGUCCUUUACCUUUUUACCUUAUUUAUUUAAAGUAUGCUUACAGAAGGGAAAGGCAUGCUGCUAAAAACAAAUAGGAUGAUACACUUUAAGUAAAGAUUUUUUGAUUUUUUUUAAAAAAGGGGGGACACAUAACUUUAAAAACAAAACGGUAAAAUGCUAUUAAGUGCCUCUGUGAUUGUGUUGUUGUUUUUUUUUUCUUUUUUACAGGGGUGGCUGA